AUGCACCUGACCCCGCUACUCACCCUUACCAUAUGCUUCCUUAGUCAGACCUUCUCAUCUCCAGUGCGCACUGGAAACUCCACAUGCUCUCCUUGUAAAUGGACAGAGUGGUUUAAUGUCGACCAUCCAAAAGAAGGUCCAAAUGGUGGAGACUGGGAGACCCUGAGUAACAUUACAGCUCGUGGAUUUGAUGUGUGUCAAGCACCUAGAGACAUUCAGUGCCGUUCUGCCCGAUUUCCUUAUGUCCCCUUUGAGAUGCUUGAAUACGACACAAAGUGUGAAAGGAACAUAGGGUUAAUCUGUCUCAACAAGAACAAUGUGGUCCUAUGUACAGACUUUGAGGUGCAAUUUCUCUGUUGUUCCUGUGAUCAAGUGCAAGAUUCACCAAUCCGUACAACUCCACAGAUGCCAAUCUCAACCUCACAGGUUCCAGCUUUGCCUGCAGUGCCUAAAAACAACUCAACAUGUCCUACUUGUAAAUGGACAGAUUGGUUUAAUGUGAAUCAUCCAAAAGAAGGUCCAAAUGGUGGUGACUGGGAGACCCUGAGUAAUAUCACAGCUCGUGGAUUUGAUGUGUGCCAAGCACCUAGAGACAUUCGUUGCCGCUCUGGCCGAUUUCCUUAUGUCCUCUUUAAGGAUCUGAAUUACAACACCCAGUGUGAAAAGAGCGUAGGACUGACCUGCCUCAACAAGAACAAUGAUGUCCCUUGUAUAGACUUUGAGGUUCAAUUCCUCUGUUGUCCUUGCGAUCAAGUGCCAGAAUCACCAAACCAAAUUACACCCACAUAUUCAACCUUACAAAUCCAUACAGCAACAAAGGUGCCAACACCACCAGAAAAUUCAACCUCAUCAAUCCGUACAGCAACAAAGAUGCCAACACCACCAGAAUAUUCAACCUCACCAAUCCGUACAGCAACAAAGAUGCCAACAACACCAGAAUAUUCAACCUCAUCAAUCCGUACAGCAACAAAGAUGCCAACAACACCAGAAUAUUCAACCUCAACAAUACGUACAGCCACAAGGAUGCCAACAACACCAGAAUAUUCAACCUCAUCAAUCCGUACAGCAACACCAGAAUAUUCAACCUCAACAAUACGUACAGCCACAGGGAUGCCAACUACACCAGAAUAUUCAACCUCACCAAUCCGUACAGCAACAAAGAUGCCAACAACAUCAGAAUAUUCAACCUCAACAAUACGUACAGCCACAAGGAUGCCAACAACACCAGAAUAUUCAACUUCCCAGAUUCCAGCUGUGCCCGAAGUGCCUCAAAAAAACUCCACAUGCUCUCCUUGUAAAUGGACAGAUUGGUUUAAUGUGAACCAUCCAAAAGAAGGUCCAAAUGGUGGCGACUGGGAGACCCUGAGUAAUAUCUCAGCUUUUGGGUUUAAUGUGUGCCAAGCACCUAGAGACAUUCAUUGCCGCUCUGGCCGAUUUCCUUAUGUCCCCUUUGAGGAUCUGAAUUACAACACUCAGUGUGAAAAGAGCGUAGGACUGACCUGCCUCAACAAGAACAAUGAUGUCCCUUGUAUAGACUUUGAGGUGCAAUUCCUCUGUUGUCCUUGUGAUCAAGUGCCAGAUUCACGAAGUCAAACUACACCAACAUAUUCAACCUCAUCAAUCCGUACAGCAACAAAAAUGCCAACACCACAAGAAUAUUCAACCUCACAAAUCCAUACAGCAACAAAAAUGCCAACACCACCAGAAAAUUCCACCUCACAAAUCCAUACAGCCACAAAGAUGCCAACAACACCAGAAUAUUCAACAUCAUCAAUUCAUACAGCAACAAAGAUGCCAACAACACCAGAAUAUUCAACCUCAUCAAUCAGUACAGCAACAAAAAUGCCAACACCACCAGAAAACUCAACCUCACAAAUCCAUACAGCCACAAAGAUGCCAACAACACCAGAAUAUUCAACAUCAUCAAUUCAUACAGAAACAAAGAUGCCAACAACACCAGAAUAUUCAACAUCAUCAAUUCAUACAGAAACAAAGAUGCCAACAACAUCAGAAUAUUCAACAUCAUCAAUUCAUACAGCAACAAAGAUGCCAACAACACCAGAAUAUUCAACCUCAUCAAUCAGUACAGCAACAAAGAUGCCAACAACACCAAAAUAUUCAACCUCAUCAAUCAGUACAGCAACAAAGAUGCCAACACCACCAAAAUAUUCAACCUCAUCAAUCAGUACAGCAACAAAGAUGCCAACAACACCAAAAUAUUCAACUUCACGGAUCCCAGCUGUGCCCGAAGUGCCUAAAGAAAACUCCACAUGCUCUCCUUGUAAAUGGACAGAGUGGUUUAAUGUGAACCCUCCGAAAGACGGUCCAAAUGGGGGAGACUGGGAGACCCUGAUAUAA